GGGAUGGUGUUUGCAGAGAGCCGCGACCAGCUGGCCUUGUACGGCGCGAGCGGCUCGCUGACUAGCCCAGAGACCUCGCCCUGGGCGGACAGGCUCUGCCUGGCACUGCUGGCGAGGACGACGCGCGCUCGAGGCACUGUCCUGGACAUCGUGGCGCAGUUCGUGGGUGGACGCGACCUGCACCUGGGCCGCUGGCGAGAUGUGCAGGAAAAUAUUUGGUCGUACGUUAGAUUCACGGCUGAUAUCGACCCCGAGUACACAGACAAGCCGAUGAGGAUACACAUCAUUGCUACUCAAGACGAUGGUGCCUCUAUGUAUAUAAGAAAGAUCGAAGAAUGUGAUGCAGAAGAGAAACAUAGCACGAUCGUAGUGAAAAAAACUGUGUCCAUGCCAGCUGUGUUCAGCGGGAAGUCUGAAGACAUAAAGGCUUUUGCUCAAGAGCUAAGUGGUAAGUGUAUUAAUGGAGGCAUCCUUUCCAAAAAGAAUGGCCAGUGUGUCUGCCCACCAGGCUUCGCUGGAUCAUACUGUGCUGAGGGCUGCGGCGCCAACAAGUUCGGCGACGACUGCGGCGGCAAGUGCUCGAGCUUCACGCGCGGCUGCCAGGGCCUGGCGCUCUGCAAGCACGAGGUGGGCUGCGACUGCGCGCCGGGCUUCCGCGGCCGCUUCUGCAGCGACGGCUGCGCGCAGGGGCAGUACGGCUUCGGCUGCCGGCAGUCGUGCGGCCGCUGCCAGGACGGCGCGCCCUGCGACCCCUUCACCGGCGUCUGUCCGGCCGGCUGCGAGGCGGGCUUCUUCGGCGAGCUGUGCCGCUUCAAGUAUAAGUACCUGUCAACGGCUCCAGUUGUGUACACUCACGGGCCACACGACUUGGAGGUGGUGUUCAAAAAGGACCUUACAUUGGGCCGCGGCCUACCAAGAUUUUAUAAAAUCCAGUACAGGCUUUCCGGGGAGAAGCAGUGGACGAGCCGGCAGACGCGGCGGCUACAAGAGAAUGAGGACAUCGUGACUGCAAACAUCACGGGGCUAACCACAUGGAAAUACUACGAUGUGCGGGCAGUACUAGUAGACCUGGACCUCAACAGCUACGAGGGCGAAGAUGUGCCCUACAUCACUGUACGCACUUCCUGCGUCGUGCCCGAGGAAGUCGAGUACUACAUCCAUAGCUCUGAUGUACAGUCCAACAGCUUUCAAGUGACAUGGCUUUACGAGCCGCGCGAGGACUGGUGCCCGCUGCAGCACUUCGAGGUGUGGCUGAGGGACAGCUGGCGCUGGGUGGUGUACGCGCGCACCUCCGACACGAGUGCCAACUUCACGGGGCUGCUGGCCGGCAGGAGACACCGCGCCAGAGUGCGCGCGGUCACCGUGCAGGGCCCCGCGCGCUUCUCGCGCACCGUGCUGGUGACCACCAGCGACCAAGUUCCUGAAAUGGUACUAAAUUUGCACCAGUCAAUUGCAAAGGGCCGCACCAUAGAGAUCAAAUGGAAAGAGCCGCGAUUCACAGCUGGGAUAAUUAAGCACUACAUCGUAAUUUAUAAGUGCAAGCAGCUGGUGGCCUGUCCCGACGAAGACUGCAGUCACUCUGCCGGCCAACUGACUGUUCGAACCACGCACGCAGAGCUGCAGAAACUCAUCCCUCACGCCCAGUACUACCUGUGACAGUGCAAGC